GAUUAACCUAAAGUGAUUAGUCCUUCAACCGUUUCCUUUAAUUUAGUUCCGCAUAAUUAACAACAUAAAAAAUUCCUUCAUUAACAUAUGACCUUUAUUCCACAAAUAACCUUAAUUAUCAAUCGAAACAAAUUUCUUUAAUUAUUCACGUUUAAUACAAUUUAUUAAUAUUACACCCGUUUAACACAUCGGAAACAUAAUUUUUAUUCCCCCUCUUCCGGUAUCCCUUCCGGCCCGAAGUCCGACGAACCCCGUCUGAUGCCAGAGAUCGGACCCCGUUCGACGCCGCAGAUAGAACCUCGUCCAACAAUGGAGAUCGGACCCCGUCUGAUUGUCGAAUCAUAUGGCGUCCGCCACCGGUUGUGGGUUGGGAGGUCCGGCGGCGGCGAUGAAGUGGUGGACGGCGGCAGAGAUGAUUUGGGUAGUCCGGCGGAGGUGAUGAUGUUGUGGACGGAGGUGGAGAUGAUUUUUGGUGGUCAACGGCGGAGGUCGCGUUGGCCGACGACGAUGGUUGGAAGAGAGAAGGCGGAAGGGUUGCGUUGGGGAAUUGAUAGGUUUAGGGUUUUUAAAAUUGAAAGGGGCAAAAUUGUCUGAUUUUUUUAACUACGGGCGAAGACCUGUAAAAGCACGCGCGGAAAAUAGCGAUUCAUUUAAAAAUGUAGUGUUGCAGGGAUUUCAAACUCAAGUCUUUUUACUAACGACACAAGUUGCUUUCCAAUUAGGCAUCUACAUUGGGUCAAUAAGUGAAUAAAUUUUAUUGUGAUUG